AUGGAUUUUGAAGAUCAAGAGGAAGGAUCUGCUGACGAAAACAUAUUUAAUGUAUAAAAAGAUGACGAUUUGAAAAUCGAAUAUCAUCAAUUGCAAUAGAAUGACUAUGAAAAUAAGACAGGUUCUAAAUUAUUGCAAAAAAAUAAAGAAUAUUAGAAAUCACUCUUAUAAUUUAAAUAAUACCUUGAAAGAAAAAUUGCAAAGAAAUAAUAGCAAAUACUAUAACUGGAUCAAAUAUUGUAAACAAUCCCAAAAUAGGAAGAAGAAAUCAAUUUUAAAGAGAAAUGCUCAGCCUAUUUAACUUUGGAAAUACUGCAUGAUUCAAAGCAAAGGAAGAUAUUUUCAUAUGCUGUUAACGAUUUUGAGAUGCUAAAGUAAGAGAAUCCUCCUCAUUAUGUCAAAUUAAUUUAAGAUUUAAAAAAGAAAGAUUUAAAACUGAAGAAAUUGGAUUAUACAUCUCCAAGAUUUAGGUAACAAUGUAAAAAGAAAUAAAAAUAAAAUAUUUUGACACAAGCAAUCUAACCAAAGAAUACUUAAAUAAGAGAAUUAAUUAUAAAGGAAGUUGUAAAUUGUUUGCCGAGCGAAGGGCAUGAAAUUUAAUGGUCUCUCUUGCCAAUACAUGCAACUUAAUUAUUAAAUAUAUAUACAAGUGACUAGAAUAGUAUUGAAGCAAUAGAAAUUUAUAGAGUUUGGCUUAAGAGAUAUCAUUAAUUGUACAACAAUUAAUUUACAUUAUAGGAAGAUAAUAAGCUUGUAGAAUUAGUUUAGAUGAUAGGUGAUAAUUAGUGGGCUUAUUUGGCCAAACUUAUAACAACAAAGACCUCAAUUCAAUUGAGGGAAAGAUGGUUCAAAUUUUUAAAUAAGAACAUAAAAAGACAAAGAUGGAAAAUCUUAGAAGACCUAAAAUUAAUAAUAUUGGUCGACUAUUUUGGAGUUGGAUAAUGGAAUAAACUGCAUUAGUUUUUCAAAAAUAGAACGGAGGUAUAAAUACGAGAAAGGUGGUGUAAUGUUUUGGAUCCUGAGUUAGAAAUAAGACCAUGGACAGAAGAGGAAGAUUAGGAAUUAUUGAGUUUGAAUCAGAAAUAUGGAAAUGCAUGGAGUGUGGUCAGUUUAAAGCUAAAAAGAACAGACAAUGAAUGCAGGAGAAGAUUUCAAUAAAUAAAAAAGUGA